CGGGCGCCGUCGGCUUCUUUUGCCCUUUUCUCUCUCUCUCUCUCUCUUUCCUCGUGGGUUUCCUUGGAGACGGACUCCUCGAGCGGAAGUGGGGGAGGCGUUUCCGGCGGCCCGAGGCGGUUGAGGAAGAGGCCGAGGAGCGCUCCUGCAAGAGAUUCUGCGCCCGUGAGGGGAUGGCAGAGACCCUUCAGAAGAAGCUCCAAGGGGAGCUAGAGAAAUACCAGCAGCUGCAGAAAGAUAUCAGCAAAUGCAUGAACGCCCGGCAGAAACUGGAGGCCCAGCUGACAGAACAACGUUGUGAAAGAGGUUUUCAAGAACUGGACUUCCUGGACUCCUCCAACUCCGUCUACAAGCUGAUUGGGCCGGUGCUGGUGAAGCAGGACAUGGAUGAGGCGAAAGCGACGGUUGGGAAGAGGCGGGAGUACAUCACUGGAGAGAUGUGA